AAUCAGAACACAGGGAGUCAGAUGCGUCACAUUCUCUGACCUCAAUUUUUUCUGAGCGAGACAGCGGCUGGCGGCGCCAUAUUGAAAGGAGAAUAUUGUUUCAUAAAACGCUAAAACUGACAAAUUCACCACGAUGCUAUACUUGGAGGAUUAUCUCGAAAUGAUCGAGCAGCUACCCAUGGAUCUCCGCGACAGGUUUACGGAAAUGAGAGAGAUGGACCUGCAGGUUCAGAACGCCACUGACCAGCUGGAGCAGAAGGUGAUCGAGUUCUUCGUCAAUGCAAAGAAGAACAAACCAGAGUGGAGGGAAGAACAGAUGGAGGUCAUUAAAAAGGACUAUUACAAAGCUUUGGAAGAUGCUGAUGAGAAAGUCCAGCUGGCCAAUCAGAUUUAUGAUCUGGUGGACCGUCACCUGCGUAAACUUGACCAGGAACUGGCCAAGUUUAAGAUGGAGCUGGAGGCCGACAACGCUGGCAUCACUGAGAUCCUGGAGAGACGAUCUUUAGAGAUGGACAGUCCGUCUCAGCCAGUUAACAAUCAUCACGUCCACUCUCACACCACCACUGAGAAGAGGAAGUACACGGCUCCGACACACCACACUACAGAACAUGUGCCAGAGAAGAAGUUCAAGUCCGAAGCCCUGCUCUCCACACUCACCUCAGACGCCUCCAAGGAGAACACACCAGGCUGCCGUACCAACAGCACAUCUUCGUCCACCAACAACGUGUACAGUGUAAACUCCUCUCAGCCUCUGACGUCCUACAACCUGAGCUCUCUGCCUGCGGGGCCCGGGGCUGGAGCCGGGGCCAUCACCAUGGCUGCUGCUCAGGCUGUGCAGGCCACCGCACAGAUGAAGGAGGGCAGGAGGACAUCCAGUCUGAAAGCGAGCUACGAGGCCAUCAAGAACAACGACUUCCAGCUGGGCAGAGAGUUCGCUCUGUCCCGGGACAACACGGGAUACUCCUCCUCUGCUCUGGCCUCCACCCUCACCCAGACCCUCACCCCCACCACCACCUCUGACUCCAGGGGACGCAAGUCCAAGAGCAGCAUCAAGUCUUCCAACCACCAGUCAUCUUCGUCAUCCUCCUCUUCCUCUCUGUCAUCGUGCUCCUCGUCAUCAGCGCUGGCUCAGGAGCUUUCCCAGCAAGCCUCAGUGCUGCCAGAGUCCGAGGUCAACAGUCAAGUGGACUGGACCUACGACCCCAACGAGCCCCGAUACUGCAUCUGCAACCAGGUUUCUUAUGGAGAAAUGGUCGGCUGUGAUAAUACAGAUUGUCCCAUCGAGUGGUUCCACUACGGCUGCGUCGGUCUGACAGAGGCUCCCAAAGGGAAGUGGUAUUGUCCCCAGUGCACAGCCGCCAUGAAGAGGAGAGGCAGCCGCCACAAAUAGACUCUACGCCUUCUGUCCACCAUGUUGGAUUCUUAUCUGAAACGCAGCUGGCUGAGGUCUGAGGUCAGCAGCCUGCCGAGGCUUCUGGAUACUUUGUGCCAACAGAGCAAACGUUAAACGGACAGGAAGUCAAAUCAUAGAAAACAGAUGUUGUAGCUCAGAUCAUUUCAUCAUCCUCCAAAGUGUGGACUCUCUAAACUGAGCGUUUGCUCUUAAACCUCCUCGGUCUUUAACACCGUCAGAUUCUGACUGAUAGUCCUGACGGCGUGUGAUUACAGUCAGAUGUCUGGAAGUUAACGCUGAGGUGAACACACGGGCGCUUUUAAAACGCAAAACUCAGAGUCAAGAAGGAGCAGCAAAAUGACUCACCUGAUUCUGAUGUGGACUGUGAAAGGAAAAACAGGUGACCUGCAGCCAUCGUACAGUGGACAGCUGAUGUUUCACUCCAAUUCACUGGGAAGAUGCUCACAGGAAGAAGAAGAAUCGGACCACAAAUCAUCUCAGAGCUUGUGGCUAAAUGUUCUAAUGUGAACGUAAAUUGGCUGAGCUCGUCCGUCCAGCUGAGCGAGGUGGACCUCACACCGAGCUCAGCUGGACAGCCGGAGGUCAGGCUGUGGGAUUGAAGUCUGGUUUAACGUCAGAAUCCUGACUUUACUGUCGUGGUGAACAGAAUUCAGACUUUAAUCUGACUUCUUUUGUCAAUCUUUAACAGUUCCACAGGUUUGUUCUCGUCUUCUGAUCAAAAUCUUUGUCUUUUUCCAUAAAAAUUGAACUUUUGAGAUUUUCACAAUUCAUUUUCUCCUGUGAUGAAGUUUUUAGGAAGACUUUUCCUUUCUCAUUGUCCUCAUAACCAAAUCAUGGCCUUUAUGCUGAAACUCCGUCUAAAAUGUGACAGUAACAAAAACUGCGACCUCUGACUCCUAAUCCUGACUUCAGUCUCUGAGCUGCGUUCUGGUUUCCCACGUGGCCCUGCUCCUCCUCCCUCUGUUGUCAUUGAAUUUAAAAAGCUACAAACGGGACGAGCUGUUUGACUACAACUACAGAAGCCUGACUGACUCGCUCCACACUGAACCUGAUGAGAUGAAAAUAAACCAGGUGGAGCUGAUGUGCCUCCUCUGACGUCCUGAAACCCAACCAGCAGUCAGAACCAGGUCAUCUGGAACCAGACUGUGUGUGUGUCCAGUCAUAAUGCGCUGACGUUGUGUGUGUUUGUUUGUGAGGAUGUUGAAGCGGAAGAAGUCCAAUAAAAUGAUGGAGAUGUUUUUCUA